AUGUCCUGGAAGCAGGUACCCACGUCCAUUCAGCUACAGCCUCCUGUUUCUACAGUACAGUCCAUUCAGCUACAGCCUCCUGUAAUUCUAGUACCCACGUCCAUUCAGCUACAGCCUCCUGUUUCUACAGUACCCACGUCCAUUCAGCUACAGCCUCCUGUAUUCUACAGUACCCACGUCCAUUCAGCUACAGCCUCCUGUAUUCUACAGUACCCACGUCCAUUCAGCUACAGCCUCCUGUAUUCUACAGUACCCACGUCCAUUCAGCUACAGCCUCCUGUAUUCUACAGUACCCACGUCCAUUCAGCUACAGCCUCCUGGAUUCUACAGUACCCACGUCCAUUCAGCUACAGCCUCCUGUAUUCUAAAGUACCCACGUCCAUUCAGCUACAGCCUCCUGUAUUCUACAGUACCCACGUCCAUUCAGCUACAGCCUCCUGUAUUCUAGAGUACCCACAUCCAUUCAGCUACAGCCUCCUGUAUUCUACAGUACCCACGUCCAUUCAGCUACAGCCUCCUGUAUUCUACAGUACCCACGUCCAUUCAGCUACAGCCUCCUGUAUUCUACAGUACCCACGUCCAUUCAGCUACAGCCUCCUGUAUUCUAGAGUACCCACGUCCAUUCAGCUACAGCCUCCUGUAUUCUACAGUACCCACGUCCAUUCAGCUACAGCCUCCUGUAUUCUACAGUACCCACGUCCAUUCAGCUACAGCCUCCUGUAUUCUACAGUACCCACGUCCAUUCAGCUACAGCCUCCUGUAUUCUACAGUACCCACGUCCAUUCAGCUACAGCCUCCUGUAUUCUACAGUACCCACGUCCAUUCAGCUACAGCCUCCUGUAUUCUAGAGUACCCACGUCCAUUCAGCUACAGCCUCCUGUAUUCUACAGUACCCAUGUCCAUUCAGCUACAGCCUCCUGUAUUCUAGAGUACCCACGUCCAUUCAGCUACAGCCUCCUGUAUUCUAGAGUACCCACGUCCAUUCAGCUACAGCCUCCUGUAUUCUAGAGUACCCACGUCCAUUCAACAGC